AUGCAACAACGGCAAAAUUAUCACGAUGAAAAUUAUCAUUUUCAAUCAUCAUCUACUUCUCAACAGCCAUUAUCAUCAUCCCUAUCUCAAUUAAAUUAUCAUUCUCAUCAGCAAAAACCAUCUUCAUCCAGAAUGGUCUUUAAUAAUAGUACAACGAAUGAUUUUCGACUCGAUAUGCAUCAUCCAUCAGCAUCAUCAUCAUCAUCUAUUCCAUUAAUUCAACAACAACAACAACAACAGACAGAGACAUUUGUUGUUGACAAUGUGCCAUUACCCUCUGUUGAGACAAAUGUCGAUAUCAGUAGAACAACAAGUGGUGGAGCAAAUGAUGAUGAAACAUUACAUAUGAAUAUGAGUGGUCAAACAGGUGGAAUAAGAACCCAGGGGAGAAUUGAUGUCAACGGUGAUCAUGUACAACAAAUAAUCAAUGUUUUAAAAGAAAAUUUAACAUCAACAUUUCCAUUUGCAUUAAUACUUGUUUUAAAAGCAUUCUAUGAUCAUAGCACUGGUAUAUUAAUGUUAGUAUUUUUCUCUGCCAGUAUAUAUCAUGCAAAUACAGUUAUUGUAGAACAAGCAGUACUAAAAUCUACUCGUCGUUUAUUUCCAAUUAUUCGUGUUAUAUCCAUAUUAACUGUUAGUUUAGUGUUAUUCCUAUAUUUAUUUCGAAAUGAAAAAUUUUACAAUAGUUUCAUAUUUUAUUUACCAAUAUAUCCUAAAUGGGAUCUGUGGACACUAUUAUGGGUAUUAUUUUCGACAUUUUGCAUUGUUAAAAUGUUUGUCAUGUUACUAAAAGCUGUAUUAAUUUUAUUACCGAGUAAUAAUAGUAAACAGUUCAUUUCAUAUCGUAAUCGUGGUUGUUAUUUUUCGAUUAUUGAAUAUACAUCACAAUUUUAUAUUAGUUUAUUGACAAUUCGUCCAUGGAUAGCAUUUAUCCUUGAUGGUAAUGAUCACAGUAUACUAUUCAGUGGGGUGAUGCUUAUAUUUUAUGGAAUCAUCAAAUCUUAUAAUGUAUAUAAAUCAGUUGUGGCAUUGAAACAAAGAAUUCAUGAAUCUUUACAAUCACUACCAUUUCCAUAUGCCACAUCCAGUGAAUUAGCACAUGUAGAAAAUAUGUGUCCAAUAUGUCGAUUUGAAUAUCAAGAUGCAAUACUUCUUCCAUGUAGACAUAUAUUUUGUGAAGAUUGUGUAACUGAUUGGUUAGAUCAAAAAGCCAGUUGUCCAUUGUGUCGAGCGAAAUUGACAAUUAGACAGUCAAAUUUUCGUGCUGGAUCUACGAGUGGCUAUUUAAUAUGGUACUAA